AUCAUGAGUCUCGUAACUUGUAGGGCUGCGCUGAUUGGCUGUCUGACUGGUCGGUCCGGCUGAAGGCAGCAGAGGCGCAAGUAGUGUUGUCAACGCCGCUCUGGAUCUCUUCCUUUUUAUUUAUUUUCUAAACGUUAUUUAUUUGGUAAGAGCAAAGCGAAUCCCGAGGAAAGGAAAGACAUGUCUUAAUGUAUUUCAUACCUGUGUCUGAUCCAUGUGCCAGUCAGCUGAAGCAUGCUGGAAGAAUGCAGCCCAUAACCAGAAGAGAUGCCGGAGUCUGGCAUCAGACGAGGAGCCUGCUCUACAAAAACCUGCUGAUCAAAUGGAGGACCAAACAACAGAGUCUCCAGGAGCUGAUCUUGCCUUUGCUCCUCCUGGGCCUCCUGAUCCUCAUCAGCACCCUCAACCCUCAUGUCUCGUAUGGCAGUAUCAGCACUAAGGAGCUGGAGUAUGAACGGGACCUCGUAAUCAAAGGUCUUGGCUACACCCCCAUCAGCAAUAUCACCAAUCACAUCAUGGAAGAGGUGGCACGGGAACUGCCUAUGAAUGAGCGAUUAGACAUGUUCUCCUCUGAGGAAGACUUGGAGAAUGCCAGUCUCUAUGAACCUGAUGGAUAUGUGGGAGUGGUCUUCUUGGAUUCAAUGUCAUACCGUCUGCGAUUCCCAUACAACCAGCUUCCUCUGCCUAGUGACUUCACUGAAUCCAUAACAAGCUGUUACACGAACUAUGUCAACUGCCGUGCUGCCAACUACUGGUAUUCUGGAUUCGUACGGCUGCAGUCUGUCAUUGAUGCUGCCAUCAUACAGAUGAAGACCAAACGUCCGGUGUGGAACGAAUUAAAAGUGCGUGCAGUGAUGAUGGGACAUCCAGGCUCAGUGGAGGUCCAGAAGUUCCCUCACGCCCUAAUCUCCAUCUACCUAGUGCUGGCAUUUACACCCUUUGUGUCCUUCCUCAUUGUCAAUGUGGCCGCUGAAAAAGAGCAGCGGCUGAAAGACACCAUGGGCAUGAUGGGACUGUAUGACUCUGCAUUUUGGCUUUCAUGGGGCCUUCUUUACGCCGCACUAGUGACGACCAUGUCCAUUCUCAUGGCUGUUAUAGCAACCUGCACACCCCUGUUCUCCAACAGCAACUUCUUUGUCAUCUUCCUCCUCAUUUUCCUCUAUGGAAUAUCCUCUAUUUUCUUCUCCUUCAUGUUGACCCCUUUGUUUAAGAAGCCCAAGUUUGCGAGUACGGUGGGUUCCAUGCUCACAGUGGUGUUCGGAUGUCUGUCUCUUUUCACUGUGCUGAUGAGAGAUUUCCCCCAGUCAGCCGUGUGGCUCCUCUGCCUUCUGUCUCCCAGCGCCUUCUCUAUCGGCAUUGCCCAGGUGGUGUAUCUGGAAGCUCAAGGGGACGGCGCAGUGUUCUCCUCUCUUGGCAAUGGCCCUCACGCCCUCUAUGUUCCUAUGGUCAUGCUGGUUUUGGACUGCAUUCUCUACUUGCUUUUAGCCAUUUACCUGGACCAAGUGCUACCAGGCGAGUUUGGCACAAGGCGCUCAGUGCUGUACUUCCUACAGCCAUCCUAUUGGUCAAAGCGGAGGAAGCGCUAUGUGGAGGUGAGCUCUGUGUACGAGAGCGAGGUGAACGGAACCCCUGUGACUGAAUCAGUGGAGGCGGUUUCUCCUGAGUUUAGAGGCAAAGAGGUUAUCAGGAUCUGUAAUAUCCGAAAAAUCUACAGAGAGAAAGACACCAAAGUGGAGGCUUUGAGAGGUUUGACUUUUGACAUCUAUGAGGGUCAGAUCACAGCCCUGCUGGGUCACAGUGGAGCAGGGAAAUCCACCCUCAUGAACAUCCUGUGUGGCAUCUGCCCUCCUACAGAAGGCACGGCAACCAUCUAUGGCACUCCAGUGGCGGAGAUCGCAGAGGGGGCCGAGAUGAAACAGCUGGUUGGUAUAUGCCCCCAGUUCAACAUCAUCUUUGAUGUGCUCACCGUAGAGGAACACCUGAGGAUCUUUGCUGCCAUCAAAGGGAUCCUGCCCUCUGAUAUUGACGGUGAGGUGAGGAAGGUUCUAAAGGAUCUGGAUUUGGAAAAGAUUAUGGAUGCCCAGGCGAAGAACCUGAGUGGAGGCCAGAAGAGGAAGCUCUCUGUGGGCAUAGCAAUUCUUGGAGACCCAAAGAUCCUUCUUCUGGAUGAGCCUACGGCUGGUAUGGACCCUGUGUCUCGACAUCAGGUUUGGUCCUUACUGAAGAGCCGUAGAGCAGGCAGAGUUACUGUACUCAGCACUCAUUAUAUGGAUGAGGCAGAUAUACUUGCAGAUCGUAAAGCUGUCAUCUCUCAAGGACAGCUGAAAUGUGUUGGCUCCUCUAUGUACUUGAAGACCAAAUGUGGGGUUGGCUACCAUCUUAGAAUGUCUGUGACCGAAGGCUGUGAGGUGGACAACAUCACAUCACUGGUCAAGAAUCAUGUUCCCAAGGCUCAGUUGUCAAGGCAGCAAGAGGCUGAGCUUACAUUCACGUUGCCUUUCGAGAGCAUGGACACUUUCCCAGGGCUGUUUGCGGAGCUGGACUGUCGACCUGACCUGGGUGUCAUUAACUAUGGCGUCUCCAUGACAACGUUAGAGGAUGUAUUCUUGCGUCUAGAGGCAGAAGCAGAGGUGGAUCAGGCUGACUACAGUGUGUUCAACCAGGAUAAGGUGGAAGAAGAGGCAGACACAUGCUCUCUGGAUGACACGGACCAGAGGCUGCUGACGUUUUCAGACAGUAGGCAGGAUGCAGUAAACGGUCAUGCCCUCUGGAGGCAGCAGUUUUGCACGGUAGCCUGGCUGCACAUACUCAACCUGCAGAGAGAGAGAAAACCUUUCAUAUACAAUUUGACGCUGUUCCUGGUUUUCUUGUCUGCAAUGCUGAUUCUGUCCGUGGCCACAGGAAACAUUCAGAUUCAUUCUCCUGAAAGACUGUUUUCACCUAUAUACCUGCUGCGCCGCAAUGAGGCUCCUCAUAAAUACACCACCAGCCUGCUUGUGCAAAACUCCACUGAUUCUGACCUGUCAGGGUUUAUCCACAAUCUGGAGUCUCAGGACAUUAAAGUGGAAAUGAUGAAAAAACCAGACUACAUGUCUGCUGCACCUGUCAGUGCCGCCAUCAACGUGACAGGAUUCGGUAAGGAUUUUACCUACAUUUUAGCAUUUAACAGUACCACUGUGCACUCCUUGCCCAUGGCUGUCAAUGUACUCAGCAACGCCCUCCUCAGGGGCUUUAAUGGCACUGGACACAUUAGAACAUGGACUAAACCUUUUGACUAUCAAAUCCCAGAUAAGACAUCCUACGCCCUGGUUUACAUUGAGGCUGUGAUUCUUGGGAUGCUGGCUGCUGGGAUGCCAGCAUACUUUGCAAUGGACCACACAAGAGACAGAGAGUUGAAGUGUCGCUCAACCCUGAGGAUCUCUGGUCUUGUUCCUUCGGCGUACUGGUGUGGUCAGGCAGCUAUUGAUGUCCCUUUCUAUUAUCUCAUCUUAACCUGUAUGACAAGCACCCUGUUUGCCUUUCAUUCUACAAACCUGCUAACCUCCCAUAACAUCAUGUCUGUGGCUCUGUGUCUGAUUGGCUUCUCUCCAGCCAUGGUUCUCUUCACAUAUUGCGUGUCCUUCAUGUUUGUCAGAGUCCAGAGCAAUAGGGACUUCUUCUCAGUGGUCUCUAUGAUGUUGUGUGUGGUUUCUGCAUCCAUAGUCCAGCUGGCUCUUGUGAAUGAAGAUGCUGGUAUUGCUCGUCUCCUGCACAAUGCACUGUGUUUCUUCAGUCCACUCUACCCUCUUAUGGGCUGCCUUAACUGCAUUACCAUGGCCACAUUCCUUCAGUCCCCUCAUGAUGAUUUCCUGUGGAAGAACCUCUUCAUCUCUGUUGUGGCUCCGUACAUCCAGUGUAUCCUGCUGCUCUUCACCUUGAGAUGGCUGGAGAUCAGAUAUGGAGGGAAGACCAUGAAAAAUGACCAGCUCUGCAGGAUUUCCUCCCAAGCGAAGAGCAAAGCUCAGCGGAACCCAGAGGAGAAUGUGAGUGAGGAUGAGGAUGUUCAGAUGGAGAAAGCUCGAGUGAAGGAGGCGUUGACCUGUCAGUGCUGUGAGGAGAAACCAGUGGUGGUGGUGAGUAACCUCAAGAAACAGUACAAAGGCAAGAGGGAGGGCUUCUCGCUCAACAAGAGAAGGAAAGUGGCCACUAAGAACAUCUCCUUCUGUGUUCGCAAAGGUGAGGUUUUGGGUCUGCUGGGACCAAAUGGUGCAGGAAAGAGCACCAUCAUGCACAUGCUGUCUGGAGACACUGAACCCACUGCUGGACAGAUUCUGAUGGGAGAUUAUAGCACAGACUUCCAGCCAGUGGAGAACCCCUUGGAUCAUAUAGGGUACUGUCCUCAGGUGAACCCCCUGUGGCCUAGAAUCACUCUACAGGAGCACCUGGAGAUCUAUGCUGCCAUCAAGGGACUACGUCAACGUGAUAUCCCAAACAUCAUUAAGCGUGUUGUGAGUGCUCUAGAGCUGAAGGAUCAUCUUUACAAACAGGCAAAAAACUUGUCUGCAGGGCUAAAGAGGAAGUUGUGCUUUGCACUAAGCAUGCUGGGAAAUCCUCAGAUAGUUCUGUUGGACGAACCAUCUACAGGGAUGGAUCCCAAAUCAAAACAGCGCAUGUGGAGGGCAAUCCGUGCUGCCUUUAAGAACAAACAGCGAGGGGCCCUUUUGACCACCCACUACAUGGAAGAGGCGGAGGCUGUGUGUGACCGUGUGGCCAUCAUGGUUUCUGGUCAGCUGAGGUGUAUUGGAUCAAUUCAGCACCUGAAGGGGAAGUUUGGAAGAGGCUACAGCCUAGAGAUUAAUCUCAGGGAGGAGCUCACAGGUCUCCAGCAGGUAGCACUUUUGCACAAAGAGAUACUGAAGAUAUUUCCCCAUGCUGCUCGUCAGGACAGUUUUGCCACUCUGAUGGUGUAUAAAAUCCCAAUGGAAGAUGUGAAGUCACUAGCCAAGUCCUUUGCCCAGUUGGAAAGUGCUAAACAGAACUUUAACUUUGAAGAGUACAACUUCUCCCAGUCAACCCUUGAACAAGUUUUCAUGGAGUUUGCUAAAGAGCAGGAGAACGAGGAAGAGGAAGUCGGAUCGCUCAGCACGACUUUUCAAUGGCAGAGACUGAGACAGGACGGCCCUAUAUCCAUCAAUCACGCUGACAGCAUAGUGCACCAGCUAUGAGCCAAUCCUGUCCUGCCUUCCCUGAAGCAGUGUGCCCUUUUCUCUCUGUCUCUCUCUCUCUCUCACUCCGCAUGUGCCGUCCUUUGCCUUAAGAGCCAUUAACUAAUGGGACUCACGGGACAAUAGAGUGUGGAGACUCCAGUGGCCGCUAGCACACAUACAUGUGUGGGCUGUGAUACUCGCUUUGGCUCUUGUACUGGCACUCGCUCAGAUAUGAUCUGACACACGACUGGCGUGUCGGCUGUAGAUGCCGAGCUAGACUUGGCGGUUCUUUUUUUUUUUUUUUGUUAUUUGUUUUUUAUGAAGAUAUUUUAUUUUUUAAAUUCUCACUCUGUAACUUCUUAUACCUUCUUUUCACCUGUUGUUGCUGUUGUUGUGCAUUGUGCUCACAUUCUGUUGUUCAUAUACACUACGUCAGUCACUGGGAAAUUAGUUGCAUGGAGCAGGUUCCACAUUAUCGAAACGGUACCAAAGUCUCACUCACAUCGGCGCCAAAACAGUACUUUUUGGUGUCUGUAGCAUGGAAUAUAAACUUGUGUCUGUGUGUGUACAGCUAUAUAACGUUAUUAUCUAUGUGUACUGUUGUAAGUUCUCAGACAGGAGAAUCUCAUAAUGGCUGUGUGCAAACCUUCAGGCAGCAAAACGCUGAGAUUUACCAGCAUGUAGUGGGCUGCUCUCGGUUCUUGUAAGCCUUUUUAGGGCGAAGCGGCCCUGCAGGUGCAUGAAGCCUCUUCUGUCUCUGCUGCACCCGGGAGAUCUCCAAGACUCCUUUCUAAAACACCAGCACGCAUUUCAGGCUUUCACACUGAGCUCUCCAAAGAAAAACAGGGCUAAGCACUCAGUCAGUAAGCGAGUGGGUUGAAAUCAAGACAAUGAAGAGCUUCUCUCUGUCAUCCUUUUUCCAUCCCGUCGUCAGGUGGCCUUCCUUUAGGAGCAGUUUAAACGUAGCUUCUUACAAUCCAUACCAAACCAUGUAGCACUCCAUAUUAGUUGCAUACUUCUGAGUGGUCUGUAUUUUAUUGUUGUCGUUUUGUUUUUAAAUGAAAAUAACAAUGCUUAAUGAACCGUGAGCUUUGAAUGUACAGUGGUACUUUUUGCUGACGUUUCAUGGUGAGCCAUGUGGUUUAAGUCUUCGCUUUUGGAAGAUUUUGGGCAUCAGGAUGAGAUUAGCAUUCAGCUUGGGCUCAUUUUAAGUUGGUUGGUUCUAUCUUUUGUAUCUUUUCUAUCUAAAUUGAUUUCUCUGUAGUGCAAAGGGCCGCAUUGGAGAAUACUGUACUUUUCAAGAAUAAAUCAUUUACAAAAAUGUCUAAACUACAGGCACAGUAUUUUAUUUUGGGGGGUUAUUUUCUUUUCUUUUUUUUCUUUUUUUUAAUAGGUAAUACUUUAAAAUAAGCUUCUAUAGAUUAGUUAAUGCAAUAGCUAGUACGGAAUAACAGAUACUUUAUACUUUUUUUUUUUUUUUUUUUUUUUUUUUUACGUUUAAUUAAUUUAGUUAAUAUCUUAUGACCGAACAUGCAUUAACUAAUGAUAACUAAUAGAAGAUUAUUGUAAAGAAUUGCCAAUUAAAGCUAUUUUUUUUUAUUAGCGAGAGUGAGUCGCCUUUCUCAUUUCUCUUUAUGUUGGUUGAAGAAGCUAUUACACCAAUGUAUUCUACUCUCAACCGAAAGUGUUUUCAUUUCUGAACUCUGAUUUUUCCUCAUCCAGCUCCAAGCGAAGGUGAUGCAGAACCGUACGUUGUUGGCAUAAAGAACUCUGCCCCAAGUGCUGGUUCUCUUGUUGGUAGAACUUCUGAAAGAUAAUGUUUGCUAGAUGUUUCAUGGAUACUCUUGAGCAAAUCUGUUGUAGAUGGUUAAGUUUACUGAUUAUACUCAGUUGGAAAUGGGUACUUGGACAUUUAACCUUAGUUGAAUGUGAAAGGGUAUAUAUAGCGUUGUGUGGAGCGGUCCUCAAAAAUUGUAAUCGAUGCCAAGUUGGCAUGUUGUUAUAUGGACUAUAUGCAUUUUAUUUUUUGGUUUCAUCUUCCUAACAAAGUUUGAUUUACAGCAAAUCAAACUCUUGUCUUGUCUACUUUUAGAGACACACAAUGCAACUUCUGUAGCAUCUGGGUACCGCAAAGUUUUUAAAUGAACAAAAAUAUGUCUUUAUGAUUGAAAUGGAUUUAAUGGAAUAAUUAUGGCUGACAGAGCAGACACGGUGAAUUUUUAGGGGGAGAUAAAUGUAAUUUUUGCACAAAUAUAGCCUGUCAUGUCAAUAAUGUAUAACAUUUUUCUGUAAUGUUUAACACUGACCAGUUUAGUCUUUGCUGGACUGGGUUGGAAUGGGAUGAUUAUGUUGAACACUAUCUAACAUCUAUUUAACCAAGACCUUUAUUUACCUCCAAAGUGCAAUAUACGAAUACUUGUGCGUGUGAGUAAUUAAUGCAUUAUGUAGACGGUGUCAUUGCAAACUGCAAUAUUAAUGUUGUCUCUCUUGUGAACUCAGAUGUGUUUUGCAGUACAAUGUAGCCACAAAUAUAUAAUCAUUUAGAAUGCUUUGCACUCUCUUCCUCUAGUGCCCAUUUCCUGCCGUUUGUAUGCAAAGAUUCUGUUUGAAAAUAAAUUGUAUUCAGGAUGUUAAUUUUUGGAUGUGAAUAAAUUGCACAUAUUUCACUUGA